UGCCCAGCCGCACGGGGCCGGGGACGAGUCCUCAGACAGCGACGGGGAACACGAGGGGCCGCAGAAACUCAUCAGGAAAGUGUCCACCUCGGGGCAGAUCAGGAGCAAGACAAGUAUAAAAGAAGGAUUUUUACUGAAACAGACCAGCUCAUUUCAGCGCUGGAAGAGAAGGUACUUCAAGCUGCGGGGAAGGACUCUUUACUAUGCCAAGGAUUCCAAGUCCCUUAUAUUCGAUGAAGUUGAUCUCUCUGAUGCGAGUGUAGCUGAAUCAAGUACCAAAAACGUCAACAACAGUUUCACGGUAAUAACACCAUUUAGACGAUUGAUUCUCUGUGCUGAGAACAGGAAAGAAAUGGAAGACUGGAUCACUUCACUAAAGUCUGUACAAAGCAGAGAACACUAUGAGACCGCACAGUUUAAUGUGGAGCACUUCUCAGGGAUGCAUAACUGGUAUGCCUGCUCCCAUGCCCGACCUACCUUUUGCAAUGUGUGCCGAGAAAGUCUUUCAGGUGUCACCUCCCAUGGACUCUCAUGUGAAGUUUGUAAAUUCAAAGCCCAUAAACGAUGUGCUGUGAGAGCAAUUAAUAAUUGCAAGUGGACAACCCUGGCUUCAAUAGGAAAAGAUAUCAUUGAGGAUGAAGAUGGGAUUGCAAUGCCUCAUCAGUGGUUGGAAGGGAACCUACCUGUUAGUGCCAAAUGCUCUGUGUGUGACAAGACAUGUGGCAGUGUCCUCCGCUUACAGGACUGGAGAUGUCUCUGGUGUAAAGCCAUGGUGCACACCGCCUGUAAGGACCCGUUUCCUCGAAAGUGUCCUCUAGGCCAAUGUAAAGUGUCCAUCAUUCCUCCCACUGCACUGAACAGCAUUGAUUCUGAUGGUUUCUGGAAGGCUACCUGCCCACCCUCCUGUGCCAGCCCACUUUUAGUGUUUGUCAACUCUAAGAGCGGAGACAAUCAGGGGGUGAAGUUUCUUCGAAGGUUCAAACAGCUGCUAAAUCCUGCUCAGGUUUUUGACCUAAUGAAUGGAGGACCACAUCUUGGAUUGCGUUUGUUUCAAAAAUUUGACAAUUUCCGGAUUCUUGUUUGUGGAGGAGAUGGCAGUGUUGGAUGGGUUUUGUCGGAGAUUGACAAACUAAACCUACACAAGCAGUGCCAGCUUGGAGUGCUACCUCUAGGAACAGGGAAUGACCUGGCCAGGGUCCUCGGCUGGGGAGGCUCUUGUGAUGAUGACACCCAACUUCCUCAGAUUCUGGAGAAAUUGGAACGAGCGAGCACCAAAAUGCUGGACAGAUGGAGUAUUAUGACGUAUGAAAUAAAAAUACCAUCAAAACAGACCCUGGCGGUGAACCCAGAAGAGGAUACUGAGGAAUCUGAAUUUCAGAUAUCUGCCUAUGAGGAUUCUGUUGCUGCUCAUCUUGCCAAGAUCCUCAACUCUGAUCAGCAUUCGGUUGUCAUAUCUUCUGCCAAAAUUCUUUGUGAGACUGUGAAGGAUUUUGUUGCCAAAGUAGGCAAGACCUAUGAAAAGACCAAUGAAAAUACAGAGGAGACUGAAGCAUUGGCCAACAAAUGUUCAGCAUUGAAUGAAAAGUUGGACUUGCUGCUGCAGGCCCUGAAAGAUGAAUCGCAGGUUACAGCUGUACAGUCUCGUUCUACACCACCCAUCGUGGAGGAAGAGGAGGAAUUCAAUGAAGAGUCGUCCGACACAAAGGAGACAGCAUUGGAAAGCAUCACUGCGAGGUCUUCCACACAGAAAUUCUUCAAACCAAGAGAACAGCUUAUGCUUCGGGCAAAUAGUCUGAAAAAAGCAGUGAGACAAAUCAUUGAACAAGCAGAGAAAGUAAUAGACGAACAGAAUGCUCACACUCAGGAACAGUCUCCAGUGGAACUGAAGAAAGAAAGUGAGGAGGAGAUGAAGGAGGACAAAGAUCAAAAAGAGGAGGAUGAAUCGAAGGACUCUGACGUGCAGACAUAUGUCAGGCCUGCACCCAGAUCUCCAGAAAGACGAGUCCAUCGAAGCACUACAUCCUACACUGGUCCAUUCUCAUCUUCACCGUUGACUGCGAGUAAAGAAAACCUCCCAGUGCUGAACACAAGAAUCAUCUGUCCAGGCUUACGAGCUGGACUUGCUGCCUCGAUUGCAGGAAGUUCAAUCAUUAGUAAAAUGUUACUGGCUAACAUUGAUCCCUUUGGAGCAACUCCAUUUAUAGAUCCUGAUCCAGAUUUACUAGAAGGUUAUCAUGAAAAAUGUGUGAUGAACAAUUAUUUUGGAAUUGGAUUAGAUGCAAAGAUUUCCUUGGAGUUUAACAACAAACGUGAGGAGCACCCUGAGAAAUGCAGAAGCCGAACCAAGAAUAUGAUGUGGUAUGGUGUGCUUGGCACUAAAGAGCUACUGCAACGUACCUAUAAGAACUUGGAACAAAAAGUCCAACUUGAGUGUGAUGGACAGUAUAUUCCUCUGCCUAGUCUCCAAGGCAUUGCUGUCUUAAAUAUUCCAAGCUAUGCUGGUGGAACCAAUUUUUGGGGCGGAACCAAAGAGGAUGAUAUCUUUGGGGCACCCUCAUUUGAUGACAAGAUCUUGGAAGUGGUGGCUGUGUUUGGCAGUAUGCAAAUGGCGGUAUCCAGGGUAAUCAAGCUACAGCAUCACCGAAUAGCCCAGUGCCGAUCUGUAAAAAUCACCAUAUUGGGAGACGAGGGUGUGCCCGUACAAGUGGAUGGAGAGGCCUGGAUCCAGCCACCUGGGGUUAUUAAAAUCAUGCACAAAAACAGAGCCCAGAUGUUGACAAGAGACCGAGCGUUUGAGAGCACUUUGAAGCUGUGGGAAAACAAACUGCGUUAUGAUUCCUGCAGACCCGCUCUUCGACCUCACCUGUACCCACAGCAUUCUGUAGAUCUGGCCACAGAGGAAGAGGCCACCCAGCUGCAGCUCUGUGCCCAUGCUGCUGAGGAACUAAUUACUAGAAUCUGCGAAGCAGCCAAAACACACAGCCUUUUGGAGCAGGAGCUGGCUCAUGCAGUAAAUGCAAGCUCACAUGCACUAAACAAAACCCAUCCAAAGUUCCCAGAGAGUCUUACAAGGAACACAGCGAUUGAGAUUGCCAGCAACGUGAAAGCUUUGCACAAUGAGACUGAAUCAUUGCUUGUCGGAAGAGUUCCUCUGCAACUGGACUCUCCUCAGGAAGAGCAGCUUUCCACAGCAUUGCACAGUGUCGAUAUCGAACUGCGAAAGCUUGCAGAGAUCCCCUGGCUCUAUUAUGUGCUGCAGCCAACAGAUGAAGAGGACCAUUCAAUGGAGUUUGCGAAAAGAAACAGUCGAAGUGCUAUGUUCCGAAUCGUGCCAAAGUUUAAGAAAGAGAAAAGCCAAAGGCAUAAGUCAGCUCCUCAGCCAGUUCAAAAAUGGGGCACAGAUGAAGUUGCUUCUUGGCUGGAGCUGCUCAGCUUGGGAGAGUACAAAGAAAUCUUCAUUCGCCAUGACAUCCGAGGUUCUGAGCUUUUGCACCUGGAAAGGCGUGAUCUGAAGGAUCUGGGGAUAACGAAAGUGGGCCACAUGAAACGAAUUCUCCAGGGAAUUAAGGAACUCGGCAAAAAUACUUCCAUGAGUGAAGUAUAG